AUGCCUCUGCGCAUCCCGUUCCUCGGCCGUCUCCACAUCCGGGAGUACUUCGUCCUUGCACUCUCGAUUGUGCUCAUCGCCCUCGAGUCACUCGUCGCGCUCAUCACGGUCGCAAUACCCACGCCGAUAAUCAACAUUUUCUACCGUAUCACCCGCCGAUUGUUCAACCAUCUCUCCUCGCCCAACUCGCGCCGUAAUAGGCAGAAGAAGAAGGGUGUGUGGAGCUCCAUCGCCAAUGCUCCAGGUUUCGGAGAGCUUUGCGAGCUCUGGGGAUACUACACCGAAGAACAUGUGGUGCAAACUGGAGAUGGUUAUCUGUUGGGAUUGCACAGAUUGGCGUAUAGAAGAGGGGAAGAGGACUCCAGAGUCAAUGCCGGACCAGGCAAAGGAGGCUUGAAGAAGAAGGUCGUUUACCUGCAUCAUGGACUUAUGAUGAACAGCGAGGUGUGGGUGUCUCUAACGGAGCGGGAACGCUGUCUGCCCUUCGAGCUGGUCGAGAGAGGAUACGAUGUCUGGCUGGGCAAUAACCGCGGAAACAAGUACUCAAAGAAGAGUGUACAUCGCGCACCAACGGAUCAGUCUUUCUGGAACUUCAGCAUGGACCAAUUCGCCUUCCACGACAUUCCCGACUCGAUCGAGUACAUCCUUAGGACCACCCACCAACCUUCAUUAUCGUACAUUGGCUUUUCGCAGGGAACCGCCCAGGCCUUUGCCACGCUUUCUAUCCACCCGGAUUUGAACGACAAGGUCGAUGUCUUCAUUGCGCUCGCGCCUGCCAUGUCACCACCAGGCCUUACUUCAGGAGUCGUCAACACUUUCGUUAAGACCUCGCCCGACAUUCUCUUCUUAGUUUUCGGCCGAAAGUCGAUACUGCCUUCUACCACUAUGUGGCAGUCCAUUCUUUACCCACCGAUCUUUGUUCGCUUAAUCGAUGCUUCUUUGCACUUCCUCUUUGGCUGGACAGCCAGCAACAUCACUGCACAUCAAAAGCUUGCUGCAUAUCCGCAUUUGUAUUCGUAUACUUCUACGAAGAGCGUGGUCCACUGGUUCCAGAUCAUCCGCAAUGGUGUCUUUCAGAUGUACGACGAUGAUGCGCCGAGCGUCAUGUCGAACAAAUCAAAAUACUACAAAGUCGCUAAGUUUCCGACCCGCAAUAUCAAGACGCCUAUAGUGUUGGUCUACGGUGGCUCAGACAGCUUGGUAGACAUCAACGUAAUGCUCAAGGAGCUACCUCGUCAUACCGUUGCGAAGGAGAUCCCGCACUAUGAACAUCUCGACUUCCUCUGGGCAUCAUCCGUUGACCAGCUUGUCUUCCCGCACGUUUUCGAGGCGCUAGACGACUAUGCCGGUCUUGCAGGCGGAGAUAUCCCGCACCUUGGGCACCGCAAGGACAAGAGGUUCCGCUCGCCAGCGAGGUACAAAGGCCUCCUUCCUGAAUCAGGAGCGCUGCCUGGACCAGAAGGCGAUGACGCGGGUGAUGAGUCCUCGUCCAGCCCUGUUGCCCUACGUUCCAGAAAGCACUCUCAGUCCACGCGAAAAAUAUCCUUCACAGAUCCAACAUCUGAGGAUGUUCCACAACCGCAGUCGCCCUCGGCACAGAGAUCACGAAUACCGCAUCCGGCGUCAAGUUAUGCCUCAGCUGUAGAGCGUACACAUUCACAGCCUGCAAGCACAACUACCUUCCCUCCACCCGCAGCUAAAGUCCCCAUUCACACGCUUGAGUCACCCUCGCCAGCUGCUUCUCAAUCACAAAUCACCGCACGCAGCUCGACCAGUCGACCUGAGGGCUGGUGGUCGUCGGAUGAGGUUGCGGGAACCGGCCAUUCGGAUCCUACGACACCGGAGCAUUCAGCAACUAGGAUUCGGAGGAAGCAGAGCUUUGACAGUGUGAGGAGCGGGAAUAGCACCAAGGUCAGCGUGUUUGGUGAACGAGGGAUAACCUUGGGGGCGGGGAAGGCGGUUAGUGGACUAGUCGGCGGUUUAGGCAGGGGAGAGAGCACUGAGAGCUUGGAUUCAGAAGGGAAGAACGAGAAGAAGGGCAAGAAGGGCAGUGCGUGA